AUGAGUCCUCCCGUAUCAAUUGCCCCUCAACCAAAUGUUCCAGUCCACUAUGUCAAAUCAGAGACAGGGGAGGUCAUCACAUUGGGAAAUGUCAAAUUGAGAGUUUUAGAAGAUGGGAGUAGGACUGUAAUAACCUUCCAGGUGCCCGCCAAUCCCUCAACCGGCGAAUCCGAGAAGAGAAUCGAUGCAGGAGUAGGUGAUUAUGUGGUUGUGCCUCCCAGAGCUCCUCACACAUUUAGCAAUGAGACGGAUGAGGAGGCGAAAUUUGUUAAUACUUUUACUCCGGCAUUCUACAUCCAUUACUUCAAACUCCUAGCUAAGAUGAUGGAAGAAGGAAAAGAGUUGACCCCGGAGAUUAAUAUGGCAGCUAUGGCUUAUUAUGCUACGAUUCCCGUGCCAAGGAGGAACUGA